AUGCCACCGUGGCACCAUCUCGUCGCCUUCAGGUGCGCCACCGCCGCCAUCCCCUACUGCGGAGCGUCCGCGAGAUCGCAGAACGAUUCCUUUCGCGCCAAAGCUGCCGACAACAACCGAGGCGAGCGCGUCGACGCGGCCAAGUCCAAGGCGCCGGGAUUCCAGAGGCGCGGCUGCUGCGGCCAACCAGGUCGCAAGCGGAACGGGCGUUCGUGCACGGGGGGCCAGACCCACAAGUGUCGGCUGGAGGAGGCCGGGUACCCAUCGCUGAACUUCGCGCAGAACUACCGUCCACCUCGUCGGAAGAAAGACCAGCCACAAGCAGGCCUCCCCGAGUGCAUGAUUCCCAGGUCGGCGAGCCCAGAGGUCAGUUGGCUGUGCAGGUCCGAGGUGAUCUACAUGAGGUGGAGGCGGAUGCUGUCCAAGGUCCUGAAGAGACUGGCGAACGACCCGUCCUCGGAAUCCUUCGAGAUGCUGGACGACUCACCCGAGAAGGAGAUGGACCUGGGCAUCAUGCAGAAGGCUAUCGACCAGUACGAUCUGGACUACACGAAGGAGAUCGGCGACGACGUCAACUUCCUGUCCCGCAACGGCCGCUACGACUUGCUCGAGGUCUGCACGCCUCCGAAGUCUCGUCUCUCCCAGGCGGUGAUCGACCUAGGUGGAGCCGCCUUCCGAGCUGGGGUACACAACGGGUUCGACAUGGCGACGAAGAUUGGAGUACGACGGUUUGCUCUGUGGAUUCGUCAACAUCGGCCUCGACGCAUCGUCAUGAGUCCUCCGUGUACCGCGGACUGCCAGCUCCAGAACUGGAACCAGAAGACCCCAGAGGCACUGAAGCGCACCAGGGAGCAGACCUACGAGACGCUGGUGGUUGGCUGUGCUUACGGCCUCCGCUGCCCCCGCAGCGGCCUCUUCUUGCCCGAGGUCUGGGGGAUCUGCUCUACCGACCCCGAGCUGCAGGAGGCCAUCGGCAAGCGCUGCAGUAAUCGCCCUGGUCGGCAUGACAACCACGAGCACGGUGAGAUCAUCGGGGGGAAGGUGGUAGCGGCCACAGCGUUCUACCCCGAGGCGUUGUGCAAGGCCUGGGCGAAGCACAGUCUGCGUGCUGGAGGUGGUACUACAGCUGGAACCUCAGCCCUCUUGGCGACGGACCAGGACACUGACGACGGCAUCUUCGAGGGCAUCGACGAAGACGGCGACCAGGAGAUGGAGAACCAGCAGGCGUCAGACGAGGAGCUCGACGAGGAGGACCUCAGGGAGCUCUCCAAGGACGGCGGCACGCUGAGCGCCAAGGAGGCCCAGGAGAUAGAGCACCGCCUCAGCCGACUUCAUCGUAAUCUGGGUCACCCCAGCGCCCGCACCAUGUUCAAGAUUCGCAAGAACCCGGGCGGGUUCAUCCAGGUUCUGAAGAUGGUCAAGAAGUUUAAGUGCCAUGCCUGCGACUCCUCGGUGCUGCCGAGGGCCGUCAGAACAGCUGCUGGCAUCGACAUUCCCGAGGUCUUCGAGGUGAUGGGGAGUGACGGCCUCGAGUGGACCGACCCUGUUGACGACGCGACCUACCUGUUCACGCUGAACCUUGACGAGGGGUCUGGACUGACGCAGAUCUUCAACCACGGCGACAAGUCCCAGAGGUCCGGCAGACGAUCAGCAGCGGACCUCCUCGAGACUUGGAGAUCCUGGACGAAUCACUACCGCGCUCCUCGCCUCAUUCGCUGCGACGCUGAGGGCUGUCAUCGAGCGGAACUUACCAAAAGCUGGUGCAGUGCGCGCGGGAUCGAGAUGUUCAUCGCUCCUGGCGAGGCGCACUGGCUAAUGGGCAAGGUUGAGCGCAGGAUCCAGCUGUUCAAGCGGACUCUCACUAAGUUCAGGAAACAGAAUCACGAUUGCGACAUCGACGAGGCCAUCAGCCAGGUCACGCAUGCGAUCAACGAACUUGACAAGGUCGGGAACCAUUCGCCCUUCGUACAUGCCUUUGGAACUGGAGGCCAUCGGGGCUCGGGCAACCCCUUUGCCAUCGUGGACGACAGCAACGGAGAGCCCCGGGAGCAGAGGCGACUUCUGGCACGUCAGAGCUUCAUCGAGGUGGAGUACUCAGCCGAGCGAAUGGUCGUGGAGCUCAACAACAUGGAGGGGCGCGGGGCUACCAUGUCCGACUUGAUGGAGGUCGCCCGCCGCGGAACGUUCGAGGACCUCACCAACGAGAGCCGACCACGCAUCCAGAACUUCGAACCGCAGGCGAUCCAGCCGUCCGAGUCACCCGAGGGCAAGCCAACAGUCGAGGACAACGAUGAGGAGCUCUUCUCUCGGAUCACCUUCGACGGGAACCGGGGCGGCACCGACUUCGAGCUUAUCGACGAGAACAUGACGGUCUACUUCGAGAUGGUCAAGUCCGAACUUGCGGGCAGCCAGGGCGGACGUCGUCUCACUUGUCAGAUGCUGGACUGCUUCGUUGCCAACCAGAAGCGGAAGGCUGAGUUCCGCAAGGCCAUGACGAAGGAGGUCCCCAACUGGAAGCAGUACAAAGGUCUCCGUCGUGUACCCGCUUCUGAGAUAAAGGACCCUGCGGACGUGAUCAGGUGCCGUUGGGUGCUGACGCGCAAGAGCGAUGGGGCCGCGAAGGCGCGCCUCGUCCUCCUCGGCUACCAGACCAAGGACAUCGGACAGGAGCCGACAGCUUCACCAGCGGCCUCGCGCCGCGCUCGGAAUCUACUCCUCACGGUCGCGGCCGCCAUCUCCUGGACCAUCGUCAAGGGCGACGUGACCAGCGCGUUCCUGCAGGCGAACGACCUGAAGAAGGACCUCUUCGUGGAAGCCGACGAGGCGCUAUCUGCUGAGUUUGGCGUUCAACCUGGUCAAGUGCUACGCGUGGUGAAGCCGGGCUACGGCAUCGGCGAGGCGUGCGAUCUCGAACCAUGCCUGUGGAGUCUACGCUGUCCUGAGACCAAGGCGCUGCUGUGGCUUAUCAUGUGCCACGUUGAUGACUUCAUCCUCUGCGGUGACCGAGAACAUCCUGCAUGGCGGAAGGCGCUGAAGAGCAUCGAGGACCUCUACACGUGGGGCACCUGGGAGGACAUGGACGACGGGAUCGACUCCAUCGGGCAGUGCGGCGUGGCGAUCGUGAAGAACGAGAAGGGUUUCUUCCAGCACCAGCAGGGCUACAUCGACAAGCUGAAGGAGAUCUUCCCGCAGUACCCGAAGGCCAAGAGCGGCGACCGAUUGACCGAGGCAUGCGGCUUCACUGUCUUGGACUGGGGAUCGCGCAAGCUCAAGCGGGUUGCCAGGUCCAGCCUGUCCGCGGAGAUCCUGGAGGCCAGCGACGCGGAGGGCGAGCAGAUGAUGGUUCGCCUGGUGCUCUACGAGGUGCUCUUCGGUUCGGUCGACCUCUGUAAUCGUGCUGCUGCUCUGCAUCACAUUCCAGGAGCUCUCGUGACGGACUGCAAGUCGUUCUACGACGGCGCGGUGAAGUCUGAGUCGGCCGGCUUGGGCCUCGAUGAAAGGAGGACGGCCAUAGAGGCGCUCGCCUUGCGCCGGGCCCUCGAGGAGGGCGAGACGAUCGCGCGCUGGGUGCAUAGCCAUGCACAGCUGGCCGAUGGCAUGACCAAAGCCAGCCAGCAGGCUUUCAACGUGCUCCACGCUUUCCUGAAGAGCCAGCGCUGGAAGAUCGUUCACGACGAGAGGUUCCUCUCGGCUCGCAAGCGGUCUGCCCUUGGUAAAGGGAUCCUCGACGAGACGACUGAGACCGACCACAGCGAGGCCAGUAAGAUCCUGGAAG